UCUCCAUUCCGUUCUUCCCAUUCCACUCGGUUUCCAGAUCUCUUAACCUACGCCCACCGCAGCCCGGCGCACGAUAGCCUGAACCACAGCAAAACCCUACUUUCCACCGCCCUCCUCCGCUGCUAUCGGAGCCGCCACCGCCGCCGAUGGCCUCCCCCGCCGGAAGCCCCAACCCUUCCGGCCCCUUCGAGCUCCACAAGCUCUUCAAGCCCCCAAACCCCAGCCCUAACCCUAACCCUAGCGCCCCUCCCACCGUCCCUCCGCCCUCCUCCUACGGCGCCGUUCCACCGCCCGCGUAACCCCUCGCCGUCCCCCUGGCGCCUUCUCGUACCCCCCACCACCCCGCCUUCCAUCAUCACCCUUUCCUCCACUAUCCCCACGACCCCCUCCACCGCCCCACCGUCUCCUACCCCGCCGCCCCUCCUCACCUCCCCAGCGCCAAUCCGAACCCUAAUCUUAACCCUAACCCUAGCCCCGGCCCCAACCACGGCGCUCGCCUGAUGGCGCUUCUGGGCAACACCGCUACCUCCCACCUCGAAUCCACGGUCUCGAUGCCUUCCCCAUCCUCCAUACCGUCUGAGUUCUCCGCCCCAGCGAACCCCCCGAUACUCCAUGCCAUCCCCUCCGCGCCUCCGGCGACGCUGGCACCCAUCGGCCAACCGGCGCCGGCGAGGUUGCCGAGCAGCAAAAUGCCGCGGGGAAGGCACCUGGCGGGCGGGGACCGGGCGGUGUACGACGUGGACUCUCGGCUGCCGGGGGAGUCCCAGCCGCCGCAGCUCGAGGUCACUCCGAUCACCAAGUACACGUCGGAUCCGGGGCUUGUUUUGGGUCGCCAGAUCGCGGUCAACCGGACGUACAUCUGCUAUGGGCUCAAGCUCGGUGCGAUCCGCGUCCUCAACAUCAACACAGCACUGAGAUCGCUGCUCCGGGGGCAUACUCAGAGGGUUACAGACAUGGCUUUCUUUGCUGAAGAUGUCCACUUUCUGGCAAGUGCAAGUGUGGACGGAAGGGUUUUUGCAUGGAAGAUUGACGAGGGGCCUGAUGAGGAAAAUAAGCCACAGAUUACAGGAAAAAUCAUAGUUGCCAUUCAGAUUGUAGGAGAUGGAGAAUCCUAUCAUCCACGAAUCUGUUGGCAUUCUCACAAACAAGAACUUUUAUUUGUUGGAAUUGGAAACCGUGUUCUAAAAAUUGACAUAACAAAAGUGGGAAGAGGAAAAGAAUUUUCUGCAGAGGAACCUCUAAGAUGCCCAAUUGAGAAGCUGAUCGAUGGCGUGCAUUUUGUGGGCAAGCAUGAUGGUGAAGUGACAGAUUUGUCAAUAUCUCAAUGGAUGACAACUCGUUUGGCUUCAGCAUCAAAAGAUGGCACGGUUAAGAUCUGGGAAGAUCGUAAAGCAGUUCCCCUUACAACUUUGAGGCCGCAUGAUGGUCAAGCUGUCAAUUCAGUUGCAUUCUUGACAUCGCCUCAUAGACCCGAUCACAUUAAUCUCAUCACAGCGGGUUCUUUGAAUAGAGAAGUGAAAAUAUGGGCCUCUGCUGGGGAAGAAGGUUGGCUUUUGCCUAAUGAUUCUGAAGCAUGGCAGUGCACUCAGACUUUGGACUUGAGAAGUUCUUCAGAACCUCGGCUUGAGGAGGCAUUUUUUAACCAAGUUGUGGUUUUGCCUCGAGCAAGCCUUAUAAUACUUGCAAAUGCUAAAAAGAAUGCUAUAUAUGCAGUUCAUGUAGACUAUGGUCCAUAUCCAGCAGCUACAUGCAUGGACUAUGUAGCAGAUUUUACUGUGGCAAUGCCUAUUUUGAGCCUUACCGGAACAAAUGACUGCCUUCCUGAUGGGGAACAGGUGGUUCAGGUUUACUGUGUUCAGACACAGGCUAUUCAGCAGUAUGCAUUGGAUUUAUCACAGUGUUUGCCACCACCAAAUGAUAAUGUUGCAUUGGGGAAGGAUCCUUGUAUAUCACGUGUUUCUGACACACCUAGUUCGGAAGGGGUACCAGUUGCAGAACCAUCCCGUGGACCUAUGGUUAGUGAUCUUCCUGUAGGAAGAAGUGCUUCACCCAAACCCCCAUUAAUGGAUAGCGGCACUGACAAUCAACCUAUAACUUCAUAUCCUGUAACUUCAGUAGCUUCAGAGGUUAAUGGUAUUCAGGAACUGUCUCCAUCGAAUGUUGAAGUUAAGCCCAGUGCUCCUCCACUUCCAAGUUCAGAUGCUGAUGCUGCAAACAUUUUAUCUUCCCCUCUUCCUUUGAAUUUAGACCCUGCAGGAAAGCUACCUGCCUUGAAAGGCCCUCCAAAAGGUUUUGAGCAGGUACCAUCACCUGGUGGCCGUGAUGUUGACCCAUCAAAUGUUGAUUAUUCGGUUGAUAGGAGAGUGGACACUGUUAUCACAAGUACUGCUGAUGUUCUUUCCAUGAGUGAUAACUUGGGAAAGGAUGGAUCUAAAGCUGGUCAAAAUGAUAUUUCUAUGGUGCCUAAUCCUCGUCUUAUGUUUAAGCUGGGUGGCAACACAACACAUCUAGUAACUCCAUCGGAAAUCUUAUCAGGUGCAAUAUCCUCAUCUGAGACCAGUCAUGUUAAUCAAGGUCCUAAAGGUGACGAAGCGAAGGUUCCAGAUGCAACUGUUAAUAAUAAACUGGAGAAUGUAGAAGUGGAACUAAAAGUUGCAGGUGAGAGUAGAUCAAGUCAGAAUGAGGAUUUUGACUCCCAAAAAGAGGCUAAAGUUGUUACUGCAGAGAGAAAGGAGAAAUCCUCCCAGAUUUCAGAAUCAAGCAUUGAGAUGGCCAAUGCAUGUUUGGCAGAAACUGAAACUUGCAGUGUGGAAGAAUCUCGUGCUGUUGAUGGCAUAGCUGUUGCUGAGUCAUUGGAACAACCUCCAAGUACUGGCGAGGAAGAAAUUCAAGACAGCACAAAGGAUAUGCCCGAAAAGGUGGCAGAAUCUGUUGGUACUGCAGUAACUGCUGCCAAAGGGAAGAAGUCAAAGGGAAAGCAGUCUCAAGCGUCUGGUUUAUCAUCCCCAUAUUCAAGUCCUUUUAACUCUACUGAUUCUUCAAAUGAACCGGGGAGCAGUGUAGUUGCUCCUUCCACUGAAACUGUGUUUCCUCAAAUUCUGGCAAUGCAGGAUAUGCUGAACCAGCUUAUGACCAUGCAAAAGGAAAUGCAGAAGCAGAUGAGUGUAACGCUGGCUGUUCCUGUCACCAAAGAAGGCAAAAGAGUGGAGACAGCCUUAGGCCGGAGUAUGGAGAAAGCCAUCAAGGCCAAUGUUGAUGCUUUGUGGGCCCGUUUCCAGGAAGAAAAUGCGAAGCAUGAGAAGCUAGAGAGAGAUCGAAUGCAGCAGAUCACAAGUCUGAUCACAAACUGUAUGAGCAAGGAUUGGCCUGCCAUGUUGGAAAGAGCAUUGAAGAAGGAAAUCUCUGCAGUUGGACCAGUCAUAGCUCGUACAAUUACACCAGUUAUUGAAAAAACAAUUUCUUCAGCAAUAACUGAUGCAUUUCAGAGAGGUGUUGGAGACAAAGCAGUAAAUCAGUUGGAGAAGACUGUCAAUUCAAAACUUGAAGCUACGGUGGCUAGGCAAAUCCAAGUGCAGUUCCAAACUUCUGGGAAGCAAGCUCUUCAGGAUGGCUUGAGGUCUUCUCUGGAAUCUUCAAUGAUUCCUGCAUUUGAGCAGUCUUGCAAAGCAAUGUUUGAACAAGUGGACGCUGCAUUCCAGAAGGGAAUGACUGAACAUACUGCUGCAUCUCAGCAGCAAUUUGAGGCAUCACACAGUCCUCUGGCUCUCACUUUGAGGGAUGCAAUCAAUUCUGCAUCCACAAUCACCCAAAAUCUUACUACUGAAUUGAUUGAUGGCCAGCGGAAGCUUUUGGCUCUUCUUGCUGCAGGAAACACGAAGGCAUUGAAUCCCAUUGCCAUGCAGCAAAAUAAUGGCCCAAUGGCUGCUCAUCCUGAGAUGGUAUUGUCUGUACAACAGGUUGAGGCACCUCUGGAUCCAACAAAGGAACUAACAAGAUUGAUAUCUGAGAGGAAAUAUGAGGAAGCGUUCACCAUGGCUCUUCAGAGAAGUAAUGUUUCCAUCGUGUCUUGGCUAUGUUCUCAGGUUGAUUUGCAUGCAAUUUGUUCCACGGUACCACUUCCUCUAAAUCAAGGAGUACUGUUAGCUCUUCUGCAGCAGUUAGCAUGUGAUAUCAGCAAUGAAACUUCGCGCAAAGUUGGAUGGAUGACAGAAGUAGCCGUUGCAAUCAAUCCAACAGAUCCGAUGAUCACAAUGCAUGUACGGCCAAUAUUUGAGCAGGUCUAUAACAUACUGGCCCACCAAAGAUCACUUCCCACAACCACGGCAUCUGAAGCCGCCAACGUCCGACUAAUAAUGCAUGUUAUCAAUUCAGUAUUGAUGAGCUGUAAAUGAUCUGUCUCUUGUCCCUUCUUAAUUUGUUAUUGUGCAAAAUCAUAGGGACUUUGUUUGUGGUUAAAUCUUGUAUAGAGAAAUGGGGAAAAGAAAGGAAAAAAAAAGAGGAGAGGAGGAACCAAAAUCAAACUGAAGGGGUUGUGUGGUGUAAAUUAGCAGUGGUUUGAACCCGUCUUGCAUCAUUUUGUUCUGGUUAUUUUCAUUUUCUUUGUUUCAAAUGUGAACAAAUCAAUUCUAGAGAUAAUUUUGUCAGGUAUUUGGUCAAC